UAUGUUACUUCAAAAAAACGCAACGGAAUUUACGUCACAAACGGAGCAGUCUCCUGUAAACAUGGCGUCCGUAACCACAGCCACCUCGGAGUGGAUCCAGUUCUUCAAGGAUGCUGGGAUCCCUGCUGGUCUGGCUGUCAACUAUGCCCUGUCUUUUGUGGACAACAGGAUCCAGAAGACCAUGCUGAUGGACCUCACUAAGGAGAUCAUGAUGGACCUGGGCAUCACUGUCAUCGGUGACAUUAUUGCCAUCCUCAAACACGCCAAACAGGUCUACCGACAGGACAUGUGCAAAAUGGCCACACAGGCCAUAACCUCAGGACAGUCCAGCGUUCAGACCGAACUCCGAAGAACUGCCAACACCCCCGCCACACGUAUGAUUGCCAACGCCUUGAGCCACGACUCACCGCCAACCACACCAGCCCAUCACCCUGACAACCGGGCAAUCUCUGUGACCGUGUCGAACAAACAGGCCAAGAGUGGCAAAGCAGUGCUGAGCCGGCCUGCUGACGAGGGGAACGGUCUGCCGGCGAAGCGUCGCCGCGUGACUGCAGAGAUGGAAGGCAAGUACAUCAUCAACAUGCCCAAAGGCACCACGGCACGCACCGCCCGAAUCCUGGCCCAGCAGGCCAAGAAAGGGAACAAGCGGAUGUCUGUGUUUGAGCGACUGGGAGCCGAGUCCAAAGCAGAUACCACCACGGGCUGCAGCAAGGCCACGGGUGUGUUCAGUCGUCUGGGCCGAGCAGACGGAGCGGAGGAGGAGCCGGGAACAGCAGGAAGGGCUGAUGUAGACGGAGCAGAGGAGGAGGAGGAGGAGGAGGAUGAUAGUGACGGAGAGGGUUCGGUCCUACAGUACGCUGGCGUCCUAAAGCGACUCCCUCCCUCCCAGAAGAAAGAGCCUGUGGCCCCCAAGCUGGCCCCCACCACCCUCCGCCGCCUAGGAGUGAAGUUCAAACUCCCCCCUACUGACUCUCCCUCCUCCUCUUCCUCCCCCGAUGGCCUCCCCCCUGCCAAGCUCAGUGUGCUUCAGAGACUGGGUAAACCAAAUGCCUCCCCACCGCCCGCCGACACCCAGGACAGCCGGGUGACCAGCACCAGAAAUAAGGCCCGGCCAGGCCUGGCCCUGGCCAGCCCUAAGGUCAGCAGCAGCACCAGGGCUGGAGGAGGGGAGAGUUUUGGGGCUCAGAUGGACGUAGGGUCAGUCAAUGUCUUUAAGAGACUGGGCAGCAAGAGGACCUAACGCAUAUCAGGCCAUGUCUAGACCUAUACCUUUUCAUUAUUUUUAUUUAGCAUCCAUCCGGAAGGCUAGUUAUUGUGACGUGUUGGUAACAUCACAUAGACAGCUAGCCUGGGUACCAAUCUGUUUGUGCUAACAUUCCCCUCCCUGUCAUGUUAUGUUUAUUAUAUGACACAGAGUACAAGGGGUGGAAUGUUAGCACAAAACAGGUCUGUAUUUUAGGCUUACGGAGAGCUGCU